GUUGUUUUCUCCAUGUCUGCAAGGCUAUGUGUUAAUGCCCCCCUUGUUUUCCGGCUCCACGAAAACACUCCAGACGUGGUGUGUAAGGUGCUGCUGGAGCGCAGCUGGGAGGAGUUUGACCCUGAGGACUGGAACCUGUAUUGGCACGGCUCGGGUUUCCGCAGCUUAGCCUAUGAGAAUAUCUUGCCUUGGCAGAAGCUGAAUCAUUACCCCAAAACAGCCAAUAUCUCACGCAAAGGCUGCCUGGCACGCAACCUGAGAAGUAUGAGAGGCAUGUACGGCCCUGCACUUUUUUACGGCUUCAGUCUUCUGGCUUUCAUCUUGCUGAACCAUUACACCAGGUAUCUGGAGAAGUACACAAAAAGCAAAGGACAGUGUGUGUACUGGAUCUGUAAACCAGUGGCUCUCUCACUGGGGAGGGGCAUCUUUAUCUUCAAGGAUAUCAAACACUUGACUUAUGACUCGACAGUGAUCGUACAGAAAUAUUUAUGUGAACCGUUUCUGAUCUCGGGCUACAAGUUUGACAUGCGCAUGUACGUGUGUGUGACGAGUUUCAACCUAGAGUCUCUAGACAAUCUGUUCUCUCACCUCACGAACACAAGCAUCAACAAAUUCAGUUUAUUUUACACCACGGCUAAAGAGUCCGUCGGUCAGGGAUGUAAAUGGACCAUGAGUAGAUUCCGCAGCUUCCUUCACAGCCAAGACGUCAAUCAGGUGCAUCUCUGGCAAAAGAUCAGCAACAUAGUGACACUGACUCUGCUCACCAUGGCUCCAUCCGUUCCUUGGAGUUUCUUGGAGUCGACAUCCUCGUCAAUUCCAAAUUCAAGCCUUGACUUUAAGAGGUCAGUUACACUCUGGAAUUUCUUUGGACUGUCCAGUUAAUAUAAAGGUCAAAAAAGGUCAUGGACAUGCUGCUCGUGCACCAUGUGCUUAGUGCCACAACCAGCAGGACUACUUCUCACAUGGAAACCUGUGUAUAAACAUAAACAUCAUUCCAACUGUUUAAACCUUGAGAAGACAUGUUCAAAUUUGUCUCAAAAUCAAGGAACCGAAGCCACCGAAAGAACGUUUAAAAUACCACAUCAUUGGUCUCAGACUGAAACUGUUGAUUCAGAUGACUGGGAACCGGUCUCACAUACGAGCCUAGGGCAAAAUCCUAAACGUUUUUCGUCUAAGGCAUGCAUGUUACCUAAUAUUCACCUCAGUAAAUCCUCUCAGAAGCACCCAGUGUUCUCAUGGGA